AUGUAUCUUUAGGCUGCACUGAGGACCCGGAUAGCUGACUGGAAGGGGGUUCUUUCCCCACCCGCGGCGCCAUGUACUGCUUACAAUGGCUUCUCCCCGUGCUGCUGAUCCCCAAGCCCCUGAACCCGGCGCUCUGGUUCAGCCACUCGGUUUUCAUGGGCUUCUAUCUGCUGAGCUUCUUGCUGGAGAGGAAGCCGUGCACCAUCUGCGCCCUGGUCUUCCUCGGCGCCCUCUUCCUCAUCUGCUACAGCUGCUGGGGUAACUGCUUCUUGUACCACUGUGGUGCCAACCAGUUGCCCGACUCUGCUCAUGACCCCGCCGUCGUGGGCACGUAGACGGACUGAAGAACCACCUGAGGACUGCUUACUGCUGAGUCCCGCGGAAUGCUGCUUUCUUUCAGGGAACCGUGCGCCUCCAAGACAAAAUGGGGUCAACAAGGACUUUAUCUCCAGCUCAGAAGAGAAGACGGUUCUACGGGUUGGCAGCGCAUCGGAUCCCUGCGGCCACCUUACGUUCCCUGCUUCUCGACAGACUUUGGCACUACCUGGACACAACGGCACCAGUCCGUGGCAUGGGGGCUUUUAAAUGUCUAUCUUGGAGUCGUCUUCUGCCCUUCUUGUUGGUAUGUUUAUUCUUCUUCGCUUCUCUGCCCCCUCCCAUGCAGACGUAUAACGGGAGACCCAUCGUGACAUAUUUGUGGGAGCUUCAUGCACCUAAGAAGCCCUCCCGCCGCCCGUAUUGCUGUCCUCAUCUAUUACAGAAAGAAAGAGACGCUCCUGGGAAGCGGAGGGUUAAGACUCGGCUGAAUGGCCAGUCCCAUGGUCUCACGGUAGACGCCAGACCCGGUGAUAAUCCCAACUUGAUUCUUUUAUCCUCUGUGUGUUGGAAAUAAAUCUGAAUAAAGCUGUUUGUUAUACCAACUAAA